AUGGCUAGAGACCGUUCCUCUGCACAGCAGAGCAUCUCAACGCUGCUCUCCAAGAUCAAUGACCCCGAUCCUGACAUUCGUUUCAUGCAACUCAGCGAUCUUACAAACGUUCUCCUCUCAUCGUCCUCCGAAUACAUCCGAAACGAUACGCAUACUGCUGCAAGGAUCAUUGAUGGGUUGCUGAGAUCAUUGGCUGAUCAGAACGGCGAAGUCCAGAACCAGGCGUUAAAAUGCGUUGGACCACUUGCUGCACGCACUCCAGGCGAGAUAAUUGCGCCUUUAAUCGACAAACUUACCAACCUCACCAUCAGCGACAUUGAUAUCUCCAUCCCUACGACAGCACUGCGGAUCCUUAUUGCCUCACUACCUCAACCGCAACCUGUCGGAGGACCUAGCCAAGAAGUCAGAGACGCAUAUGCAGCGGUCAGCAAAGUUCUGAUCCCGAGAUUGGUGGGGCAUGUCGUUCUACCAUCGAACAAGCCUACCCCCGAACUCCCAACGGGGUUGCUGGAGAAGCAGAAGGACAAAGGCUACAGCAGUGAUGCCGUGGAUGUUAUGAUUGAGAUCGUGAAAUGUUACGGCUCGUUGCUACAAGAACGGGAGCUGGUUGGACUGGCAAAAGCCGUCAUGACUAUAAUUGAAAGCCCUUCAGCAGGAGGGGUAGUCAAGAAGAGAGCCCUCGCCGGUAUUGGCGCCCUGAUACCCCAUUUCAACGACGCUCAGAUCAGCUCCUUUGUGGCGGCCCUUACACAAAGCUUCCAGGCUUCUCAGCUGAGUGUCGAACAUAGGAGAUUCCUCAUUGCCACGAUCGGAACAUUGGCCCGGUCCAGUCCAGGCAAGUUUGGACCAUACGUCAACGAUGUUGUUCCCUCUAUCUUUCAAGUUCUGAGUCAAGAUGAACUGUCAUCCACCGCUUCAGUGUCAGAUGCAGAUGUUGAAGUCGAUCCCGAGGUCGAAGAGCUCCGUGAGACGGCGCUUGUAUCGCUCGAGGGCCUGGCUGGAUCGUGUCCCGCAGAGAUGAGGUCUCAUCUCUCGGAAGCUAUCGACGCUGCAUUGAGAUACGUCAGAUAUGACCCUAAUGUCGCAGAGUCUGAAGACCUUGAAAUGGCAGGUACACAAGAUAGCAAUUCAGAUGAUGGCAUUACAGAAGAGCCACCGGACGAGGACGAUGAUGAUGAAUAUGCGGAACUGGAUGAUGAAGAUGCAUUCAGUGAUGUUGAUGACCUCAGCUGGAAAGUUCGACGUUGUGCGGCUAAGGUCUUGUACACUAUCAUCAUGGGGGUCUCGGUAGCCGAUCGAGCAAUUCUCUUCGACGACAUUGCGCCUGUUUUGAUUUCGCGACUGUUCAAUGAGCGUGAAGACAGUGUCAGACUGGAAGUCAUUGCUGCCACCACCGCGCUUAUUCGGAAAGCAGGCUCCGGUCUUACCCACUCGCUUACGCGGCGCGAUUCGACAGGGAGCGAUCCCGCUGGACCGACAAACACUCGAAAGCGCCGACGCCAGGACAGCGAAGCUGAUCGGAAAGAUCCAGACCUUCGAGGCUUGGUUACAAGCCGUUCCAGCCCCCCAAUUGUCCCUGUCUCUCCACCAAGAGGCUCUCUAGCCGACCUUGUUGGGCUCGUGCCCAAGAUUGUGCAAGCUCUUUGUAAGCUGUGGAAGAAAGCCAGCAUGUCACUGAAGCAAGCUUCGGUGGUUAUGCUCAAAACUCUUACCCUGGCUCGGAACGAAAUAUUGUCUGAUCAUUUACAGCAGUUGGAAGAUCCCAUCGCCGACGCACUCAAGCCGUCCACCGCCUCUGCAUCGGGUGGCGUAGGAUCUGGAACCUCAGCAACUGUAGCAAGCCUGCAGAUUGAGACACUCACGUUGAUCAGUGCCAUUGCGGAAACUAACAGUACCACGGUGUUGAUUCCUUUUGCCAUUGCUCUUAUACCAUCAGUGAUCGAUAUCGCUCGCGAUCGAAACUAUAAAGUCUCCAGUGAAGCACUUGGCACCAUUGAACAGUUCGUCAAGGCUCUAACUCCUCCGCGGCUAGCUACUGCGAAUCAAGACCAUGCAAUUCACAUUGAGAAAUUAUGGACUGUGGUUGUGGAGCGAGUAGCUGACAACAACGCCGACCUCGAAGUCCGUCACCGCGCCAUUCAAGUGUUUGGUGUUCUCAUUGCUCGGACCUCCAAUACCCAACUUCUGUCUAGCUCUGCGAGGAUGCAGAGUCUCGGUAUACUCCACGACAGGCUGAAAAAUGAAACCACUCGAUUGGCCAGUGCAAGAGCUAUCGGCCUCAUUGGCGAGGCAGCGGGCGUUCACGAUAACAUCGGUUCUGCUUGGAUUCAAGAUGUCUCACUCGAAAUGGCAAAUCAACUUCGCAAAUCCGAUCGGUCUCUCCGGGGGGCAUGCCUGGAAUCACUGCAGUAUCUCGCUCUGAAUCCUGUCUCCUCGUCCCAAUACGAGACGACAACCAUCUUGCAGCUCCAGAGCUUGUUGAUGCCGCUCAUUUCUGUCAAUGACCUGCAUCUGUUGACACCUGCCUUGGUCAUUCUCUCCAGGAUCAUCCCGACAAAUGCGGAAGCUCUCGUCAACGCAGAGAUUGUUUCCGCCUUAUGUCAAAUCACACAGGCGCGCCUUGAAGGCCCGCCUCUGCGCGCCUAUCUGCUCGUGGUCAAAGUCAUUGGCGAACAUGAGGUGGGGGCACCACUAAUGAAAGGUCUGUUGGGAGUCGGUACAGCGGGCGAGACUUUGGUUCUCGGCAGAGCGAUAGGUACCCUGCUUGUAUACGGCGGGGAUAACCUCGGCGUCACGAUCUCGGACUUCUUGAAGGAGCUGCAAACAUCUCAGGACGUCCGAGCAGUGUGCCUAGCAUUGACGGUGCUCGGUGAAGUCGGGUUCAGAAUGGGUCCCAAAUCCCCCGUCAAGAUCGACACAUUCAUCAAUUGUCUUACGGUAGACUCCGACAAAGUCCGACUCGCUGCUGCUGUAGCACUUGGUAGUGCCAGCUCAAACAAUGUCUCCGAGUGCUUGCCAAUUAUUUUGCGUAGCCUCGGUCAGUCCCCAGCACAGAACUACCUUUACUUGCACUCUCUGAAAGAGAUCCUGGAACACUCUGAAAGUUCCUUUUCAGACAUGGCGCCGUAUGCAUCUGAACUCUGGGACAAGUUGUUCACGGUGUCACGGGUUGAGGAUAACAGUGCCGUUGGUGCAGAAUGUAUUGGUCGGCUUGCAACCAUUGAUCCGAACACCUAUGUUCCACAACUCGCUAAAUCCCUGGAAGAUCCAGAUCCUUCUAUCAGAGGCACAGUUAUCUCUGCCUUCCGGUUCACUCUUGGUGAUGCAAGCAGUUCUUACAACGCGCUCCUUGUCAAGAUGAUGACUCCCAUCCUACAAACGAUGCUGGGCGAUACUGAUAUCGGCAAUCGACGCCUUGCAAUCACGACUUUGAACGCUGCUAUCCACAACAAAUCGGAACUCGUGAUCCCAGACAUCGGCCAACUCUUGCCUUCCGUCAUUGAGGACUCACGCAUCAAGCCCGAGCUGGUGAAGGUGAUCAAAAUCGGCCCAUUCACCCACAACGAAGACGCCGGCCUUGACAUCCGGAAAUCAGCUUAUGCGACGAUGUAUGCAUUGCUCGACUGCCACGGCGCAAUCCCGCAUCUUCCUAUCCCCAAGAUCUUCGAUCGUAUCCUGGAUGGCAUUAGUGAUGACCCGGAUAUUCGCACUCUGUGUCUGCUCAUGUUAGGACGCUUGGCCGCGAUCGAUCCAGACGAAACCCGCCGGCGCCUGUCCAAUCUUGCCGAAAAAUUCCGCGUCGUGCUCGCAGCCAAGAUUAAAGAAAAUGCAGUCAAGCAGGAGAUUGAGAAAGUCAACGAAGCUAACGCGGCGGUGAUUCGCACGACGAUGGAGUUGGAACGCAAGUUCCCGUCGGUGAGCAUGGAACUUAGCGGCGAGCUGGUGGCGUGGAAGGGCUACGUCGAGUAUGUCAAGAAGGAAUUUGGCCCGAUGGUUCGAACAGCAAUUUCGGAGAGUGGCUAG